AUGUUUUCCAGAUCUUUUUCCAGAUCUUUUGGCCAGGGAAGAGGUGGAUAUCGUUGCCAUUCGAGCCCUGAGCGAAUUAUAUUCCUUUUUGGUUUUGCCUUCCAAAUCACAGAAUUCUUUGAAAGAUCGGUCGGGGUGUUGAAUCCUUGUUUGUUCCCACGUGUUAAUGAACGCCUCAAAUGUAGCUUUUGGCAAACCUUCGUUGCAUUUUUGGGGGUGUGUGGCACCAUCGCUUCCAUUAUCGGUAAUAUUGGAAGCAUUCAUGAUCAAUCGUGGGCAGGAGGAGAGAGAGAGAGAGAUGAGCUGUUGGUCAGGGAAGGUGGGCUGGAAGUUGUGCUCUGA